AAUGAAACUUCUGUUUGCAAAGUCCCACUAUAAGGUCCAUAUCUACAGAUAUUUUUUGAGCUGAUCAUUUAUAUAAGUGCUCCACCAAAAGCUUGAAGUGAUCAUAUUAUCCUUUAAUUUGUGUUGUUGUAAUUUCAACCAUGGAAGCUCCAUCAAAGUCACAGUUGCCAAGAAGUACUGGAGGCUGGGUCACCUUCCCCUUCAUCAUAGCGAGCUCAGUGGGGUUGACCCUAGCAUUUGGAGGUUGGACAAGCAAUCUUAUUGUGUAUCUGAUAAAGGAAUUUGAUGUGGAAAGUAUUGAUGCAGCUCAAAUAUCAAAUUUAGUUAAUGGUGCUGGAGGCUUACUUCCCGUCCUUGCUGCAAUUAUUGCCGAUUCAUUUCUUGGUUGCUUCUCCACCAUUUGGAUUUCAUCCAUCAUCACAUUAUUGGGCACAAUCCUUUUAGCAUCAACAGCGACACUUGAUGCAUUGAGGCCUAAACCCUGUGAAGUUGGUUCAACCUCAUGUAGCCCUAAAUCAAGAAUUCAACAUGUAGUGCUCUAUGCAGCCAUAGUUCUAGCAACAUUGGGGUAUGGUGGUACCCGAUCAACCCUAUCGACGAUUGGAGCCGAUCAACUAGCUAAUAAACCAAAGGAUCAAGGGAUUUUCUUUAAUUGGUUCUUCUUCUUUUGGUAUUCUGCUUCUGUAGUAGCAUCCACAGCUAUUGUUUACGUUGAAGAUAAUGUGAGUUGGAAGGCUGGAUUUUUCAUAUGUGUUGCGUGUAAUGUUGUUGCUUUAGUCAUUUUCCUAAUGGGAAGCAGAUUUUAUGCCAAGUUUAAGCCUCAAGGGAGUCCGUUCACUAGUUUGGCUCGUGUUGUGGUUGCAAGUAUUAGGAAAAGACAAGUUGCACUCCCAUCGACUAGUGAGGAUUUCUACCAAGGACAUAAUAUAGUACCCAAAGCAUUACCUGUUGUACCUUCGAAGACGUUCAGGUUCUUGGACCGUGCCGCCAUUGUAAGUGAUGGAGAUGUUAAACCAGAUGGCUCAAUAGCUAUGCGUUGGAGACUUUGUUCAGUACAAGAAGUUGAAGAUUUCAAAUCCUUAAUUAGAAUCUUACCACUAUGGUCAAGUAGCUUUUUUCUUGGCACACCAAUUGGCGUACAAGCAAGUUUGUCAAUCCUUCAAGCCUUAGCAAUGAACCGUCACAUAGGACCCAAUUUCCAAAUCCCAGCUGGUUCCAUACUCGUCUUCGUCCUCGUAUCUACUGCUCUAUUCCUCGCCCUGUUCGACAAAUUUCUCAUUCCCACGUGGAGGAUUUUGACUGGCAAAUCACUUACACCACUCCAGAGAAUAGGCGUUGGACACGUGCUUAAUUUUUUAAGCAUGGGUGUCUCAGCCUUAGUCGAGUCAAAGAGGCUAAAUGUAGCAAAAUCCAAUCAAGGUUCCAACGAUGUGCCUAUGUCAGUAUUAUGGCUUGUGCCACAAUUAGCACUUGUUGGCAUUGCGGAGGCGUUUCAUUAUCCGGGACAAGUAUCGUUGUACUACCAAGAGUUCCCAAUAACCUUAAAGAAUAUGGCGACCGCGAUGAUUUCAGUGCUUGUAGGUAUAGCAUUUUACUUGGCAACUGCUCUAAUUGAUAUUGUUAGAAAGACAACAACAUGGUUACCAGGUAACAUAAAUAAUGGAAGGCUGGACAAUGUGUACUGGGUAUUGGUUGUAGGGGGAGUUGUUAACUUUUGUUACUAUGUAACAUGUGCUUGGUAUUACAAGUAUCAAAACACGAAGGAAGUGGAUUAUAGUGAUUCUCCUUCUGAAGAGUGAUGCACGGGUCAAAAAGAAAAGAAAAUGGAUGGUCAUAAUUAUUGACCAUGCUACAUAUGUAAGGAGGUGAUUUUCUAAGGCCAAGUGCAAAAUUGAGAAGAAUGUACUCAUUUAUAUGUAUCUUGAUUGUCUAGAAUAAUAAGUAUUUUAGACAAAUAAAUGACGAAGGUAAACCUCCUA